AUACCCAUCAAUGAAGGAAAUCACUAAUGAAAUUAUUCAGAAGAAUAAUAAUCUUCAGCAAUCACUAUUCUCCUCUGUUCCUACAAUCAGCUAACUUUCUCAGAAACUAUUUUACUCAAGAAACCCCUUUUGAAACUUACAUAAAGAACCAAUGCAAGUCUGGAGAGAUUAAAAAUCUUGAUACUGCAGAAGUUUACUUUAAUGAUAUGAUUUCAGUAAACCCAUUACCAUCUACAGAGACAUUUAAUCAUCUAUUAACAUGUGUAUCGAAGAUCAAACAUUGUUCUGCUGCUGUUUUUGUGUGGUAUAAUUUGAUGAAUGUGGUUGGUGUUGUGCCGAAUAUCUAUACAUUUAACAUUCUCAUUAAUUGUUGUUGUAGAUUAAGUCAGAUUGAUUAUGGGUUCUGUUUGUUUGGUGAAAUGCUUAAGAGAGGGUGUAAUUCUGAUAUAAUCACUUUCAAUACACUGAUUAAGGGGCUUUGUGCAGAAAAAAAGAUCCGUGUUGCGGUUAAGGUGUUCGAUAUAAUGUCUGAGAAGGGGGUUCGGCCUGAUUCUGUGACGUUUAAUACUCUGAUCUGUGGGCUUUGUAGAACUGGAGAAGUUGGGAUUGGUGUGGAGUUUUUGAGGAUGAUGAUGGUGAAAUGGAAGUGUAGUCCUAAUGUGAUUACUUAUAAUUGUUUGAUUCAUGGGUUUUGCGGUAUUGGCCAGUUAGACGAAGCGUUAUGGAUAUUUGAUGAGAUGUCUAAUCGAGGAAUUGCAGCGAAUGUUGUCACAUGUACGUCUUUGAUUCAUGGAUUAUGCAAGUGUGGUCGGUGGACGGAAGCAAAGGAGUACUAUAAUCAAUUAGUGAACCGAGGGAUAUCACCAAGUGUAGUUACGUUCAAUGUGUUGUUAAAUUAUUACUGCAAAGAAGGGAGGAUAACAGAAGCUUAUCAGGUCUUUGAGCAAAUGAUCUGGUCCGGUGAGGAGCCUACUGUGGUAACUUAUAAUUCACUGAUGAAGGGGUAUUUCAGUAUUCACAGAUGGGAUGUAGCUAUGCAACUAUUCGACAGGAUGGGAAGAAAGGGUUUGAAACCUGACCAGUUUACUUACAGUACGAUGAUAACUGGAUUAUGCCUGAAUAAGAAAGUUGAAGAUGCAAUAUACUUGUUUAAUAAGAUCGAAUAUUCUGAACAUCCCUUGAACAUAACCACGUAUAGUGCAAUGUUGGAUGGGUUGUUAAAGAACCGAAAAGUUGGCGAAGCAAUCGAACUUUUUAAUGCGCUAGAGGAUAAUGGAUUUGAAGCUGAUAUUUGUAUGUAUAAUAUACUGAUUGAUGGGUUGCUCAAGUCUGGGAAACCGGUAAGUACGCGGAACUUAUUUACUGAACUCAUUAAUAAAGGAUUAGCACCGAAUGUUAGAACAUAUAACAUACUGAUUAGUAACCUGUGCAAGAAAGGAAGGCCAUUUGAAGCUGAGAAAAUUAUUAUGGAAAUGGAACAGAGUGGUUGUUUACCAGAUGCCAUCACAUAUAACACCAUCAUUUCAGGUUUUAUUCAUGAACAGGAGGUUGAUAAGGCAACGCAAUUUCUUCAUAAAAUGGAUGGAAGAGAACUUGUUCCCAAAAAGGAUGUAUGUGCAGUUUUGAAGACUACUAUUCCAAUGGAACAAUACACUGCUUUACUGAGAUCGAAUCUUCUGGACAGCUCUUCAACAUAGCCACAUAUAGUGCAUUGUUGGACGGCUGUUCUUGAACUAAAAAGUUGACGAAGCAGUCGAACUUUUUCAAUCACUGGAGGAUAAUGGAUUUCAAGCUUUGAGGUAUGGGAAGUUGAAGAAGUUUUAACGGGUGGAACCAAUAGUAUUAUUUCCAUUGUUUUCAAGGCCCUACCAUGUGAUAUAUCUCAGCAUCAGCGAGGAACAGCAUUGAGCGGUUUCGGUCAAGGAAAGCUCACUGUGCUUGUAGCCAAGAUGUUGCAGCUUUAUGGGUUUCCAUGAAAUCGAUUAUCUGCUCCCAACUCCCAAAUUUUGAUAGUUAAAAAGGGGAAAAUUGCUAUUGCUGCUGUGGCUCACUUGGUGGUUAUUUCCAUCGCCCGUCCUCCCAGUUGCUUUCCAGUCAUGAACAGUUGGCAUGAUGGGAUAAACUUGUCUGACGUGACUCAACUACCUGAAGGCAGAUGGGUUGAUGUCUCGAAAGCCAACUGAGAAAAUUGACAGAAGAAACAAGUUUCUUCUCCUGCAUUGCACAACCAAUUCUAGUAAGUUUGAAUCUAAUUUCCCUUUUAGCUGUAGUCUGUUCCAUGUAGAACUAAGGUAAUCAAGAUUCAAGAAUUUGACCCUUAUGUUCCUCUAAAUAAAAGACACCCAGCCUUGAACCCUGCCAUUCUGAAACUCAUACCCAACUUUUGAAGCAACAUUAAACACAGAAAUGGAUUGAUAUGAAGGUAAAAUCAAGAAAGACCGACAUCAAACUUUAAAUGCUACCACCAAAUCGUUGAUUUUGCAGUGGGUUUGUUAGACAGAUAAUUUACAUUUUUCCUGGGUCAUGUACACCAUGAGCAAAUUUUUCUUCAGCCAAAAGAUAUAUAUAUAUUAAGUUGCAAAAGGAAAAUUACAUAGUAGUAGUUACAACAUCAGCAGAAAAAAUUGCUGGAAAACUGCAGGGGAAGUAAAAAAUGAAAGAAGAGUAGUAGUUAACAAACUGAUGAUGGCGCUGAAGAUCAGAAGAACCAGUUGAUCUUUUCAUUUUCCAUAUUUUGUUUCUCAAGUAACAAUUUCUUCAGUGUGUUGGAUGGUCUCUGAACAGGCAAUAGAGUCUCAAAGAAAAUUGUAAUAUGAUGUGCGCCAUUAUA